AUGGAGUCUUCCAAGACCUUCAUGAGACAGCUGCCCAUCACACCAGGAUACGGUGGCUUCAUACCGUGGCUCAGCUGCCAGGGAUCCCCGAGAGAGGACCGCAUGAACGACUGUGUCAGAGCCUUCCAGGAGAAAACACAGAGAUACAAGGAGCAGGAGGAGGAACUCAACAACACUGUAGACAACAACCCCGUCCUCAAGCCGGUCACCACUGAGGACACAGUGCUGUGGACGCUGCACGAGUAUGCCAGGAAGUACCACCCCCUGACUCUGGAGCACAAGAACGUGAAGAAACCCAUACACGAGCCUCCUAUCCCUGGCUGGGCGGGCUUCCUGCCCAGAGCCAGGGUCACUGAAUUCGGCUGUGCCACAAGGUAUACCAUCAUGGCCAAAAAGUGUUACGAAGACUUCCUGAGUUUGGGGGAGCAGUCCAGGAGAGCCCAGAUGAAGUCCUACGAGCAGUAA